UUUUUUUCACCUACUCUAAAGUCUAAUAUUACAGAUUUAAGCGUAUUACUUAUAUUUUGGGGAAAAAUUCUGUAAUUAUUCUUUAACACGUUCAGCGCCACCGACUGACCCCGAGAGUUUAUCUUAUUACAUGUAUGAAUUAUAGUGGCAUUGAAGGUGUUAAAAUAUAAUAAAAACACAGCUAAUGAUAUAUAGAUCUUACGGAAGAAGAACCCCAUUGCAAUAGAAAUGUUACUCAAGGCAGGUCAUUAUAAUUCUGGUCUUGACAUUACAGGUCAUUAUUUGACCACUAAUUAUUAUAAAAAAUACUUGUGGUGUUUUACUAAUUAAUAGUUCAUCAUUAGAAUAUCAGUUUUACGUAUAAAUAGAGUUCGCAGAGUCACUUUCCUAUCAUUGCUUUAAAGUCUACGAAAGAGUCAAUACUCCACUUACAAAAAUGUUUUUCUUCGCUACCUUCGCCCUUCUUGCUGCGGUGUCGAACGCUGUACAAGUAGUGCCCUAUGGCGCUGUGGGUGACGAGGUGUGCAAGGAGUACAACACGUACUACAAGAUACAGGGCAGCUGCGACUCCUACGUAGAGUGUAACGCGUACAAGGCGACGUACAAGACGUGUCCCGACGGGCUGUACUUCAUGCGCGACGUGCAGUGGCCAACCUACCCGUGCGCGUAUCCGUCGGAUGCCCAGUGCGAAUACAACGACCAGCCUCAGCGAGCCGUAUCGACCGCGGAUUGCAAGACCCAGUAUGGAUUCUUCGCGUCGCCGUUAGCGACCCGCUCCGAUUGCGGCAAGUACCGCAUGUGCGUGGAGGGCAAGGCCUUCGAGAUGGAGUGCGCUAUGGGUCUGGCCUUCAACCCUGAGACCGGCCGCUGUGACUGGCCCGACCUUGUGCCGAGCUGCAGCGCUGAAGAGUUCCUCGGCUUCAAGUGCCCACCAGCGACCUACGACGAGUUCGGCAAGGCGUACGUGGUGAACUUCAGCAUCCAGGGCAGCUGCCACUACUUCUUCUCGUGCAUGGAGGGUGUCGCGCGCCUGCUGGUGUGCGACCGCGGCUUCGCCUUCGACGCCUCCGUCAACCGCUGCGUUGACGCCACCAAGGUGCAGUGCCAGGAGGGUUGAACAUUUUAAAUGUUAAAGUUUAUUUAUUGAACA